AUGACCGGCGCGAAGUUGCUCUUCUCUGGCUUGGUGGGCCAGAGUGACGCUCGUGACCAACUUGCGCGGCGCCCCUCGCAGCUUGCUAGAGGCAUGUGCGGUCCAGUAGGUGGGGUCAAUCCCACCGGCCGUCAUCUGCCUCUCGCAGUCAAUCAGCCAUGCGUCCAGCUCCUCAGCCUCGCCGAACCACGUCUGCAAGUCGAUUUUGAAGUUUGCCAACCUCGGUGGGGGGGCCUCGGGCGGCAAAUAUUGCGGGACGUACGGGAACCCGAAGGCUGCGCCGGUGCGCCGGGGAAGUGUCCACUUUCACGACCGAAGUCGGGGUAUGGACUGA